CGGAUGCUAUUUUGUUUGAAAAGGUGGAAACUAGUUUGCCAAUGGCUUGGAGCCUGACCAAAUUGUUGGCUAAACUCAUUAAAUAUGCUAAGCAAGAUAGUUUACAUUCUCGUCGCCUGGCAUUACAAUAUUUAGUCAAUAAAAAAAAAAUAGAAGACAAAGAAGGCAAAAAGUUGUUGGAUAAAUUAUUUUCUGACUUAAAAGAAAGAUAUAAAGAUCGAGCCGGCGUUAGCUCAGUGGCAGAGCAUCCGGCUGUUAACCGGCAGGGGAGCAAAAAGCAAAAGUUUUUCAAUGAUAAAGAGCCUCAAAAAUACCACGGAUUUGUAGUAGUUGACUCAGAAGUAAAAGUUAUACCGGACGAAGAAAACAUUAAUUUUGGGAUGCCACCGUUAGGUAAAGAAUAUAAGUUCAUUGUUAAUUUAGGAGGAGCAAAAACAGCAAAAUUUAAUAUCAAUAAUUCAAAUACCAUGGUUUUAAAAACCCCAGAAUAUUUUGAAAAUACGGUUAAGAAAGUUGGGUUUUGGGACAGUGAAAAUUAUUUUUAUGAACUAGAUAAAAAACAAGAAAAACCAACCAAAAGUCCAAAUAAAAGCCAGUCAAAGGCAGAAAAUAAAAGUGAUUGA